AUGACGCGGAGGGUCAACAACAACAGUCAGCAGCUGAUGAGUUGAUAAAAAGGAGGUUAAAAAGUGAUUUAACAUAAAAAAUGGUCUCAUAAUAACAUUGGUUUAGAGGUCUGACACGGAACAGUUGCAGUUGCAGUUUGUUGAGUGAGUUGAGUUUUCCGGGAGCAGAAAAUGAGUAUUAAUGGAAAUACAAACACAGAUUUAUACAGUCAGUGCACCGGCGGGUACACAGGAGGCGAGGAAACAACUCCUUUAUUAUCAAAUGGAUCAGUACAGACCAGGGCCAGAGGAGCUUCCUUCACCUCCUCUAUGUUUAACCUGAUGAAUGCCAUCAUGGGCAGCGGUAUACUGGGACUAGCUUAUGCUAUGGCUAGCACUGGCAUAGUUGGUUUCUGUAUCCUGUUGGUUUUAGUGUCCAGCCUGGCAGCGUACUCUGUACAUCUCCUCCUGAAGCUAUGUGACCAGACAGGCAUCAGUUCAUAUGAAGACCUUGGAGGGAGAGCCUUACAAAAUCCAGGAAAAGUUCUAGUUGGAGCUGCUAUUCUUAUCCAAAAUGUUGGUGCCAUGUCAUCCUAUUUGUUCAUCUUGAAGUCGGAGCUUCCUGCGGCCAUAGGCAGCUUCCUGAGCCAGGACAACACAGGUGCCUGGUAUGAAGAUGGCAGGCUGCUUCUGAUCCUGGUCACACUCUGCGUUGUUCUACCUUUAUCAAUGUUGCCCAAAAUUGGCUUCCUGGGAUACACCAGCAGCCUCGCUUUCCUCUUCAUGCUGUACUUCGCUGUCGUGGUUGUGGUCAAGAAAUGGUCCAUCCCCUGUCCGCUGCCUCACAACGUGACUACGCUUUCGGGAGCCUUCCAGAUAUCAAAUUCCUCUGACUCAGAGUGCACGCCCAAACUCUUUGUCAUCUCCAGUGAGAGUGCGUACGCCAUCCCCACCAUGGCCUUCUCCUUUCUGUGCCACACAGCCGUCCUGCCAAUCUACUGUGAACUGGACCGACCCACUAAGGCCAGGAUGCAGAAUGUCACAAAUGUCAGUAUUAGCCUCAGCUUCCUGGUUUACCUCAUCUCUGCGCUGUUUGGCUACCUCACCUUCUAUGCUCACGUGAACUCUGAGCUGCUGCUUGGCUACGACGCGUACAUGCCGCGGGACAUCAUGGUGAUGACGGUUCGGCUGGCAAUCCUUCUCUCUGUGUUACUGACUGUACCACUCAUUCACUUCCCUGCCCGUAAGGCUGUGAUCUUGCUGCUACGUGGAGGACGUCCCUUCUCCUGGCUGGUCCACAUCGUUACAACUCUAACCAUCCUGGGUGUGGUGCUGAUGCUGGCCAUCUUUGUCCCUGACAUCAGAAAUGUGUUUGGAAUCGUGGGAUCUACAACAUCCAGCUGUCUGUUGUUUGUUUUCCCCGGCAUCUUCUACCUUAAAAUCAGCAGCCAACCCCUCAGAUCCUUUGACUCUGUUGGGGCUGUACUCCUGGUGGUCUUUGGCAUCAUCAUGGGAGUCAUCAGCUUCUCUGUCAUCGUCAUUACAUGGGUACAGAGCUCCUAACCCCCGCUCUGUUUUCCAAAUCAAGCACAAGAGCAGAGUAAGGGAAAAGCGUGCCAAAGAAACUCAAUACUGGAUAAAGAAAGGGAACAGACAGAUGCUUAUCAACAUCACCUCAGGCAGAUUAUUUAUGGUGAAGUUGUUCUCAACACUAACUCAGAAACUUUGACCAAACCCAGUUCAUUCGAGUCAAAACAUGUUCUUCUCACUCAUUUUUUCUCAGUCUUUUCUAAAAGCUGACUUUUAUAUACCCAAAUCAUAAUCUGCCUGGAAGAAAAGAUGGAUGAGGUUUACUGUCAGAACAAUAGAAUGAAAUGUUGAAGAAAUCCUCCAUUAUCUUUUAAGUUCAUCUCAUGUACCCCCCCCCCCCCCCCCCCAUUAUUACCCCUCUAACAGCAUCAUGUUGUUCUGUCUGGAUGAUCAUGCACCUUUAUCUAUUACAUGAAUUUGAAAAAUGCUGUUGAAUCAUAAAUGUGUCAGGUUUCUUAAAUUUAGUUUGUGGCGCAUUUCACUUUUGCACAUCAUAAUGAUUAAUUUACAUUCCCUAAUUUACGGCCAUUUUAUCACAUUUUAUUCACUUUAUUGUGUUUGGAUUUUUCUUUUAUGCUUUUGUUUUUAUCUUUUAACCCAUGUAUUGAUUUCCCACUCCAUUUCUGAUCCAUACCUCAGGUUUAAAUGGCUGUGGUGCUACUUUGUAUGUGAAUGUGUUAAUGUUUGUCCCACUUAAUUAAAAUGUACUCCAGUUGUUUAUAAUGUAAGAUAAUAUAAUGUUGUUCUUCAAAUUGCUGGCAUUUAAUAAAAGGGAGAUUGUUUAUGUGCUGA